AUGAAUUUAAUGAAUCUUGACCAGCCAACAAGAGCAGCUCUCGAAUACAUUGAAAAACUUCGUGAAUUAUUCCAAAGUAAACGACAGAAGCUCAACAAUGUCACUUCAGCGCUGAGACCGUCUAGUUUCCCUGAUAUUUCAACACAACAGCUAUGUGACAUUCUUAUUCGAUCUGCCUACAAUGGAGGAAAUGUGAAUGACACGUAUCGAGAUCACCUAAUGGAACUUGUUGUAGAUGAGUCUCUAACCUGGAAUCAAGUUCUCCACAGCGUCAUUAAUACUAAGGUUGAUUGUUUGUACGUGAAAAGUCAGAUGUGCGAUUUAAUACGGGAUAUGGUUGGUUUUGUACAAAUUAAAUCAUUCGAAAGCAAGGAUCAUGCUGACGCACUUAUUCCAGUAUUAAAACCAACUUUGUUGUUUUUAACAAAGUUGAUCUUGACUCUUCUUUCUGACGAAGAUGAAUUAGAUACAAUGCAGAUUAACUACGAUGAUGAAGAUCGGGCGUAUCUUAAACCUCUGGAAGCCUUGAGCGCGUUGAUUCAUGAUGAUUUAUGCGGUGCACUACUUUCAAUGCAGGAAACUUCAGAAAAAGUCACUCAGCAACUUCAACAAUGUUUCAAUGCGUUUUCAAAACUUCAUCAUUCUGAUGAAUUAUCAACUUCAUUAAUGGAACUUCUUGUUGAAAAACACGAAGAAAAUUGCAAGCCAACGGAAUAUCAGUAUAAGCCAGAAGGACUGGCCGUAUAUGAUCUCAAAAAUCCAUCUAUACGGAUGUUAGUCCCCGUAUUCUCGUGCUUCAUAAACCAUAAAUCGAGUAAACACAUGGCUAACAUUAUUCAAACAUUCGUUGAACUGAUGAGACUGCCCGGGGAUUCUGUGAUAUUCGAUCUCUUACAUGCUUCGGUUUUACUGAUGUACGAAGAAAAAAUCGAUCUAUUACAUCUUCCGAAAAAAAAUCGUCCGGAUUAUCGAUGGCAAGCAACUACUUUUUUCUAUAAAACUCUCCCUCUUAUCAUUGAACAUUUGAUCAAUGGAGGUGGGAUUACGGUUGAAGAUUUGAAAAUUGGAUUAGAGAAAGCACUAUACGAUCUAACAAUGUUACUUGAUGCCGUCGAUUUUGACUGGCAGAAUGCUUCUUAUCUCACUCUUCUCAACUCAUUAGAGCAUAUCAUCGGAGAAGAAACAUCUAAUUCAUUACGACAACGCCGCCGAGAGCAUAUGAAAAGUACUGCUACCCUUGUAGAUUUCUCCGAUACUGAUAACAAACCAAUCGAACAUUCUGAUAUUAAAAAAUUGGACGUUGCGAUAAAAGAAGUAAUGAGCAUGCAAUGCGGACAAAACGAUAAUUUUCUCAAUAUGUACGUUAAAAAAGUUAGCGACGGAGAAUUCGAAGAAUUCGAUGCAAUAACUUCUGUUUUGACAUCAGAAGGGAAACUUCUGGAAGUUGGAAGGGCUUUUGCACUGAAAAAUAAGUUUGCUCAAGCAUCAUCAAUGCUUGUCAACGCCGAGGAGCGUAUCCGAGUUUUCGACGAGACAUUCCUUCUACUUUCACGAAUCGUUAUCCGAAAUCCUGGAUUGUCAAUAAGUAUGUUUGUCAAUGGUGGUCGCGGGAAGACGGAUACAGAGUUAGCGAUGUUCUUCAAAUGGUCAAUGUGGUAUGUGAAACGAGUACCAAAGACUAGGAAAGAUCAAGAAAGAGCUGAGGAAGAACUCGUUUUGUUGAGAAAAGAAGUGGAGAUGUUGGUGCGAUUAUUGAAUGCAGAGCUUGGAAUUGAUGAAGAAGAGGAAGAGGAGGAAAACAUGUUAGAAGUAGAAGAAGGCAUCGUGAAACAAGAGACUGAAAAAGUAACUGGCAAAACUGAUGAAAAAGAGACCAAGGCAACAUUUGAAGAUGCUAAAAAUGAAGAAAUUACGGAAGAGAAAGACAAGGAACAAGAAGGAGGAGAACAACAACAGACACAGGAGGAUAAUGAUGAAGAGAAGAUGGAUACAUCGGAAGUUACUUCUGAACUUAUCGGUACGCCAGCCUCCACAGUGAAUCCAAAAGUUUCGGAUGAACCAAAAGAAACUCUUCAUCCAGUAAAUACGACCGGAAAAACAGUAAGCGAAACAACAGAAACCACAAACAAGGAAAAUAACGAACCGAUGGUUACAUGGCAUCAAAUUCACUGCCCUCUUGCCAGAAUCACCAAAAAGACAGCACGAGUUUAUCUCGCUGUGCUGAAAGGAGGGAAACCGUUCUGGCGAUCAGAUGAUCCUAAUCUGAACCUUGGUUCAAUUCUGGCGGCAAUACCGAAAAUUGGAGAACUUCUUGUAGAAGAACAUCAAGACAAAAAAUCACAUAAAGUGGAUAGAAAAGUAGUCGAAGAUCAAAUGACAAAUAUCAUUCACGGAAUUGACUCAAUGCCUUGUCUCUUCGUCUGUCUUGUUGAAUGGGUGGAUUGUGAACCUGAUUCAGCUGCUCGAACAUCACUAGCAGUUACAAUAAAGAAUGCUCUUGAGAAAAGAAUCAAUCCAUCCACGGCAUCGAUAGAAAACAAUACAAAUCUGUCUAAAUGGAAAUUCGUCAAAUCGACAGUGCUUGAAAUGAUUCAUGAAAUCAUUGAUAAAGCCAUAGUUUUUCCUGAAGUUACUUGCAAUGCUUUUAGUACAGCUCGAAGAUUUUGUCCAGUUGUUUCCAGGGAUGAGAUACCAGAUCAAGUAAAAACGAAGCAUGCAUGGAUUUAUAUGCGACAGCAACAAUGGACGAGUCCUCACGCCCUCAGAAUUCUUGAACAUUAUAACUACGCUCGAGAGUUCAAGAGUUGGUGUCAUAUGUUUAUCAGUAAAACCAUUCAAAUUCAAUGCGGGGAAAUAAUGAAAAUCUCUGUAGACAUGAUUUUAGCUGUUUGUAUGACUGAUGAUGUCAAUUUAAUAAUCAGAAUGCAAGAAAGUUUAAUGGACCAUUGGUUUAGUGAAGACGCUGGGCUUGCUCAAAUAGAUGGACGGUUCGAUUCGCUAGCAUUGACAGCUGUUAUAAGAUUGAUAGCUUAUGUUAUGAUGUAUGCUGAAUUGAUUCUCGACCGUCUCUUGAAUGAUGGACCUCCACUAAAAGAACCACUGCCAUACGAAGAAAUUGAAGCACCAGGGUCCGAAGAUCCAGAAUAUCGAGAAAAAUGGAUUUAUUUGUAUAGCAGUUUGCUGGAUCGAACUGUUAAUCGGUUGUUCAAAAUUCUACGGAAAGGUGUUCUCUGUACGGUCAUAAACGCCAUCAUCCGACUCAUCAAGACUAUUGCUGGAGCUGCAGACUGCAAGGGCAAACGUCUUCUUAUCAAACGCAUCCCACCUGAAAUGAUUUUCCAAUUGGCAUAUAUCGAACCGGAAUCUGUCGACUACGCGCUCAUGAAUGCGUACUGUGAUCCAGAAAACGAGGAGCAUACUAGGGUGAAGAUAAUGUUUCUCUGUGCUCAACGACGGAAAAAAGAAUUAUAG